GAGAUCCAUGCUGAUGUGGUUUUUACACAAGGGCACGCUGCUGGACGAGGAGGGCAUUCCUCCGACUCCAGUCCCGACCCGUGAUGUGCAAGAUGGGCAUUCUUUCGCUGUGAUGCUUGCAGGGCACCGUACAGAUGUGGAAGGUGCAGUGACCUCUGCUCCGCUUCAGAUGGACAACAUUUUGCUGAAUAUUGUUCGACAAUUGCGAGUUCUUCUUCGAGAUGUCUUUGGCGUCCACUACCUGGAAGUUCCCACAGUUGACCAACACGAUGCGGAAGAAGGCAUCAUCUUACAGUGCUGGACGCUUGAAGACAAUGAGGAACGUGAAGUGCGCCAUGGUGUUUAUGUUCAAGUGAUUCUUCUUCCAUUGAUUGGUGCCGCGUCUGACACUGACUUUGCGCUUGAAGUUGCUGACUUGCUUUAUGCUCUGAAGAUGAUAUGGCCACGCGAAAGAGAUUCCUUGAUGCUACAGGGCGCUAUUGCCCCUGGAACCAGUCUUGAAGUGCGUGUUCCACAACUUCAAGUGCCGCGACCAGGGGUGCUCAUAGUGUUUGAUGCACGGGAUCGCAUUGCUGUCGCAUUGCUGUCGCAUGGGAGUCAGAAGCACGGAUCACCACCUGGUUUGCCGGUCAUCAUUUACCUUUUCCACGGCGAAUUGGUGGCUCACGAUCACCGGCCACGGGUGUGUCCUCGAGUCAUCAAUUUGGAGUAUGAAUCUCUGCUGGAGGUUUGCUUUCAUUUCGACUGCAUGUUUGCAGGCAUGGCGGUGCAGGGCCUUUGGAAAGCAGAUUUCAUAUUCUGUCAGCAGCUGCUUCGGCGCCGGGAGCUGGUGGCAUACAAUUUUGGAUUCGCACCACGUGGAGGAUUGGAUCCAUUGUUUCUUUGUCAGUUGGAGCGCAUAGAGCAGAAGAGGAAAAUCUUGCAGGGGCCAAGACUCAGAUUGCAACAUAUGGAUCUCACAAUUGUUGAGAAGGACCACGGCCGUGUGAAGCUGGUGCUUUCGAAGAGUUGCAGAAUUGGAGCCCGAAGGUCCGAUGCCACUAGCCCCAACAUCAUUGAUAUUCAGCUUGGACUUGAGGAGCCACGCAUAUCUUGGAAUGUUGAUGUACGCACGCAUGCAGCACACAUCCGGGCUUGGGCGAAGCAGAGAGCGCCUCCCAAGCCCCGAGCUCCCAAGCGAAAGAGCUACUUGCAAGAUGAGACCUUGCGCCUGAUUCGCUGCAAACGCUUUCGCUGGAAUCGUCUUCGAAGCUUGAAGCGCAUGGUUCGACAAAGCUGCCUUCGUGAACUCUUUGCUGCAUGGCACUUUGGGAAGCGGACCAUUUUUGCCUCUCUGCUCUUGUGUAGCUAUUCCAGAUUUGUUGAAGCGAAGAAGCUUUCCAUGGCCAGCUGUGACAGCAUGCUUUUGCGACGACAGCAGACUUUCUGCUUCCAUUGCGGCGAAUUCUUGAAGCUGAAGGGCUUGACGUUGAUCAACUACUUGCUGAUGCUGCUCUACAUGGCCAAGCGUUUGAGGUGUUGCAAGGUGAAAUGCAUCACGACCCACAGCUUCCUGAAUUGCCAGGCUCCCAUUGUCGCCUGCGUCGACGACAUUGCUCUGCAAUUCUACAGUGUCGUGGUUAUGGUGCUCCACAGUUGCGAAGGGAACGCUUCAUUGAAGGCCUUUGCGCUGUGGGGCCGGGGCGAACUCUAUGACGUGCUUGAGCGAAUGGAGGACAUUGACUGCAAGUUGAGCAAUGAUGUGCUUGUUUGUUCCUUGAUUGAUCGUCUAAAAGCUCUACAUCGGGCUGUACCUCCUGAAGCCCCCUCUCCUGAGAUCCCUGUUGUGCACACAGACACCCGUUCUAAGCAUGCAGCAGAACCCUUGCACUCGGCAUGUGAUCAAGCUGAUGGUCGCUUUCACCACGAAAGACUUUUGCAUCUUUUGCAAGACAGCGCGGGGCAACAGUCCCGUCAGCGGA